GUUACAGCUUUAAACUUCAGACGUCGGUUAACAAUUGCCCCGCUGGUUCGCUUUUAGCACAGCGUUGAGCUUUUAUUUUCCUGGAGGGAGGAGGAGGAGGGGGGGAGAUCUAAAUACAUCUGGCUAAACGAAGUCAACCUUCAGCUGCCCGAAAUAUUUUGUGUUGAAGGACUGGAUAGUGAGCCGAGUUCCGGACUGAACGAUUGUGUCGCUACACAAUCGCCGGCAUGACAGCAUUGCGUUUGUGGGUUAACGCCGUGUUCGCGCUGCGGCCUUUUGUGAGUCCUCAUGCAAAUCCGUAUCAGGUUCCCAGCAAACAAGAGGAGGCCUGUCUGUGUGUGGAGUUCGUGAAGUCAGUGGCUCACACAUUCUUUCACACGGCUCCAUAGGCUGCGACUGUAAGGAUAAAUUAAACGUCUAGCUUCUCAAUUAUCCAGGACGGCCGACUGUGCAGAAGCGUGUUUACGCGUAGCUGAAUACACUGUAGCGGUCCGUAGUGGUGUCACUGGCGAGCUGUAGCUGCGAGCGGUCGCCCAAUCCUGAUUUCGCCUCGUCUUUUGUUCUUCAAAUAGAAAGUACCUCAUCUGCGAAAAAAAAUAAACCUGAAGCUCCGAAAAGUACAACACGGUCACCUCGUGUCCACGGGAAAUAAUCCGGCAGUUUCCUUUUCAUUGUUAAAAAAAGAACACAGACACGGCAGAUUUUAGUAGUGUUUAAAGGGCUCUCAAUAGGGUAAGUUUUGGAGUUGCAGACAGAGUAUUUUUGAUGAGAUGAAGAAGAAAUUCUCUCAGAUAGAAAAUGCUGCAGAUGAGCCACGAGUGCUGUGCAUCAUUCAGGAUACCACCAGUGCAAAGUCUGUAAAUGAGAAACUCACUUUCAACCUCCCUGCUUCAACGCCCCUGAGAAAACUUUUUGAAGAUGUUGCCUCGAAAGCUGGCUAUGUGAAUGGCACUUUUGAUUUAACAUGGGGAAGUGGUACAGACAUGGCACCAUUGGACCAUAGCAGUGACUCAUCUCUGGCAGAGUCUGGGUUUGAACCAGGAAAGAAAAACUUUCUCCAUCUCACAGAUAAAGAUGGUGAACAACCUCAGAUAGCAUCAGAUGAAUCAGGUACAGCAGACAGCAGCGGUCUAGAUGACAGCUCCCAGGACAGGUUCAUUGGUCCCCUGCCCAGAGACUGCACAGUUGGCUGCAGUAGUGAUUAUAGCAGCCCCAGCUAUUCUUACUCCUCCAUAUUAAGCAAAUCUGAAACAGGAUAUGUGGGUUUAGUGAACCAAGCCAUGACCUGUUAUCUAAACAGCCUGCUGCAGACACUCUUCAUGACGCCUGAAUUCCGAAAUGCUCUGUACAACUGGGAGUUUGAAGAGUCAGAAGAGGACCCUGUAACCAGUAUUCCUUACCAGCUCCAAAGGCUGUUUGUGCUGCUGCAGACGAGUAAGAAAAGAGCCAUUGAGACAACGGAUGUGACUCGCAGCUUUGGCUGGGACAGCAGUGAAGCCUGGCAGCAGCAUGAUGUACAGGAGUUAUGCCGUGUUAUGUUUGAUGCACUGGAGCAGAAAUGGAAGCAGACAGAGCAGGCUGACCUAAUCAAUCAGCUUUAUCAGGGCAAGCUGAAGGAUUAUGUAAGGUGUCUGGAGUGUGGGUACGAGAGCUGGAGAAUUGACACAUACCUUGACAUCCCACUUGUGAUCAGGCCUUAUGGUUCAAACCAGGCUUUUGGCAGUGUGGAAGAAGCCCUUCAAGCAUUUAUCCAGCCCGAGACUCUUGAUGGCCCUAAUCAAUACUUCUGUGAGCGGUGUAAAAAGAAAUGUGAUGCCCGAAAGGGCCUGAGGUUUCUGCAUUUUCCAUACCUCCUGACUCUGCAGUUGAAGCGCUUUGACUUUGACUACACAACCAUGCACCGAAUAAAGCUGAAUGAUCGUAUGACGUUCCCUGAAGAGCUGGAUAUGAGUCCAUUUAUUGAUGUGGAAGAUGAGAAAUCUCCUCAGACAGAAAGCUGCACUGACAGUGGGGCUGAGAAUGAAGGCAGCUGUCACAGUGAUCAGAUGAGUAAUGAUUUCUCCAAUGACGAUGGAGUUGAUGAAGGCAUUUGUCUAGAGAACACCAGCAGUACAGAAAGAUCUUUGAAGUCUAAAAGUUCCUUAACGUUUGAGCUCUUCUCCGUCAUGGUUCACUCAGGAAGUGCAGCUGGUGGCCACUACUACGCCUGCAUCAAGUCCUUCAGUGAUGGACAGUGGUACAGUUUUAAUGACCAACAUGUCAGCAAGAUUACUCAAGAUGACAUUAGGAAAACAUAUGGUGGAACCUCAGGAACCAGAGGUUAUUAUUCUAGUGCCUUUGCCAGUUCUACAAAUGCGUAUAUGCUGAUCUACAGACUAAAGGAUCCUUCAAGGAAUGCAAAGUAUUUGGAGGUUCAAGACUUCCCUGCCCAUAUAACGCGUCUAGUGCAGAAGGAGAAGGAUCUGGAGGAGCAGGAAAAGAAGCAACGUGAAAUAGAACGCAACACAUGCAAGAUUAAGCUGUUUUGCAUGCACCCAGUGAAGAUGCUUAUGAUGGAAAACAGACUCGAGGUUCACAAGGAUAAGACACUGAAGGAAGCUGUUGAAAUUGCAUACAAGCUCAUGGACCUGGAUGGGAUAGUUCCCCUGAACUGCUGCCGCCUUGUUAAAUACGAUGAAUUCCAUGAGUAUCUGGAGAGGUCAUAUGAAGGAGAGGAGGAUACUCCAAUGGGCCUUCUCCUGGGUGGAGUGAAGUCAUCCUACAUGUUUGACUUAUUACUGGAAACAAGGAGGCCAGAACAAGUCUUCCAGCCAUACAAACCAGGAGAGGUGAUGGUGAAAGUGCAUGUUGUUGAUCUGAAGACUGAGGUGAUAGCCUCUCCUGUCAGUGUCAGAGCUUACCUGAACCAGACCGUCACAGAGUUCAAACAGCUAAUAUCACAGGCAACUGGGCUCUCAGCUGAAACUAUGCGCAUAGUACUGGAGCGUUGCUAUAAUGACUUAAGGCUCCUCUAUGUACCUAACAAGACACUGAAAGCAGAGGGGUUCUUCAGGAGUAACAAGGUUUUUGUCGAAAGCUCCGAUUCAACAGAUCAUCAAGUCACUUUCACGGAUUCACUUUUAUGGAAGCUGCUUGACCGCCAUGGAAACACUAUUAGACUGUUUGUUUCAUUGCCUGAGCAAUCUCCAGGUUCCCAUGCAAGCAGAACUCUUUGCCAAAAAGGUGGUGGAGAUUCAGGCCAUUUGGAAGACAACUUUGAAAUGGUAAAGGGCAACAGAAAAUCGGUGGAGGCCAUUUUGGAGGAAAGCACAGAGAAACUGAAAAACCUGUCUCUCCAACAGCAGCAGGGAGGAGGGAACGGAGACAGCCUCAAAAGCUCAGAUGCUAGUGACUUUGAACACAUUGAGUCACCCUCACAGGAGGCCGACUCUUCAAUGUCAGUAGACAACAGAGAGCUGGAGAACCGGAUUCAGACCUCGGAUCCAGAGAACAACUUUCAGUCAGAAGAGCGUUCCGACUCGGAUAUAAACAACGAUCGCAGUACCAGCUCGGUGGACAGCGAUAUCCUCAGCUCCAGCCACAGCAGUGACACGUUGUGCAAUGCUGACAAUGCCCCCAUCCCCUUAGCCAAUGGCCUUGACUCUCACAGCAUCACCUGCAGUCGGAGGUCAAAAGCGAAUGAGGGAAAAAAAGAGACGUGGGACACAGCAGAGGAGGAUUCUGGGACAGACAGCGAGUAUGAUGAGAAUGGCAAGAAUAAAGGAGAGACCCAGUACAUGUACUUCAGAGCAGAGCCAUAUUCUGCAGAUGAAAGCUCUGGAGAAAGACAAAAAUGUCUGUUGGUCCAUGUUGAUAAAAGAAUCACACUUGUGGCAUUUAAACAAAAUUUGGAGCCAUUUGUGGGAGUUCCAUCCUCUCAAUUCAAGGUCUUCCGGGUCUAUGCCAACAACCAGGAGUUUGAGAGUGUGCGACUCAAUGAAACACUUUCUUCAUUUUCAGAUGAUAAUAAGAUAACAAUAAGGUUAGGAAGAGCACUGAAAAAGGGGGAGUAUCGAGUUAAAGUUUACCAGCUUCUGGUGAAUGAUCCAGAGCCUUGCAAGUUUUUAGUGGAUGCAGUAUUUGCUAAAGGAAUGACAGUCCGGCAGUCUAAAGAGGAGCUUUUGCCUCAGCUCAGGGAUCUUUGCAGACUGGAUCUCAGCAUUGACAGGUUUCGUCUGAGGAAGAAAACCUGGAAGAAUCCUGGAACAGUAUUUCUGGACUAUCAUGUUUAUGAGGAAGACAUAAACAUCUCUAGUAACUGGGAAGUCUUCCUUGAAGUUCUUGAUGAACCGGAGAGGAUGAAAUCGAUGUCUCAGCUCGCAGUGCUGACGCGGCGAUGGAGUCCUGCGCAGAUGAAGUUAGAGCCGUUCCGGGAGGCGGUUCUGGAGAGCAGCAGUGUUGAUGAACUGAAAGAAAAACUCAGUGAAAUAAGUGGAAUUCCUCUAGAAAAUGUAGAAUUUGCAAAGGGCAGAGGAACAUUUCCAUGUGACAUCUCAGUACUGGAGAUUCAUCAGGAUUUGGAUUGGAAUCCUAAAGUUUCAACUUUGAACGUCUGGCCUCUCUACAUCUGUGAUGAUGGUGCCGUUGUCUUUUACAGAGACAAGUCAGAGGAACUCAUGGAGCUAUCAGAUGAAGAGAGAAAUGAGCUCAUGAAAAAGGAAAGCAGCCGUCUGCUGAAGACAGGUCACCGAGUAAACUACUCACCUCGCAAAGAGAAAGCACUGAAGAUCUAUUUGGAUGGUGCACCAAAUAAAGACUCAGGCCAAGACUGAAGCUGGCUCUGUUCUCUGGAGUAGAACUCUAUAGCUGGCUGCCUGUGGCUAUGUAGCAUCACCAUAGCAGGAAUCUUGUUUUGGUGUUAAAACAAUACCACCAGUGCUGUAUGGCUGAUUGCCCACUACUCAGAGCCCUCGCGGUGUAAUAUGGCUCAGAAUAAAGUUGUGCACUAUAGUUAAUUGUACUGUAAAGUUUAAAGGGAAUAGCAAAAGAUAAAUCAGAUAACCUAAAAGAAAACUACAUUGAGGAUAAAGUAAACAGAUGGGUGCACAUACUGAGUAGAACAGCUAGGCCUGAACUGGUAUUGCUUAGCUUAGUCAGAGCUCUGCAGAGGCCUGAGAAAGAGCCAUUCUUUCACACUUGUGCACAUUUACCUCAUUUAAUUAUAUAAAAAACAAUUGUAUCAUAACUUAGUUGAAACUAACCCCAAUGAUGUCAAAGAUAAAUCAAAAAGAAAUGCUGAGAACAGCUAUCUUCCAUUCGUUCAAUAUUAUUUUAAUACAAAUUAUGGGUUGUACCAUUCUGGAAAAUCAGAAAUGUUAAGUGUUCACAUACAUGAUUUCCAAUCUUCCUUAUUUUGAUCAAAUUUUGAUUCUGGAAAUUGAGAAGUAUGGGUGUUCAUAUCCAAAGUUUCCAAUUUUACUUAUUUUGAUCAAAUUUUCAUUCUGUAAAAUGAGAAGUGUAGGUGUUCAGAUCCAAGAUUUCCAAUCUUCCUUACUUUGAUCAAACAUUAAUUGUUGGAUGAUUUUCAGACUUGGAGUUGAGCAAUCUAGUGCUUUCCAUCAGCCUUUCUGAGAUUGACAGUGUGUAUAUGUCUGUAUGUAAAUAUCUUUCCAUUUGUUGCAGUCCUACUAAAUCUGACUUCUCUACCCAUCAGUCUCCUAAAUUCUGAACGAUACUGUGUAAUUUUAAAUCUACUUGUUUAUUUCAUACAUUUUCUUUUGGUUGGUACAUAUUAGUUCUCAUACUCCCAAGGCUGCUUGGCUUUUUUGUAAAUUAUUUUGUCUAAGACUUAAUGAAUGUUAGGUCUGAAUUAUAUGGCACAGGUUUUAAUUUUUGUCUGUAUUUAACCAUCUUUUGUGUAUGUAGAUAAGUUUUUUUCCCUCUGCACAACAACAUAGUAUACACAUCCCUUGAGGUGAAAAAUGUUUCAUGGUGUGCGUUUGGGAAGCCCGCUUGAAAUGCCCUAAUUACAGAUAGGGUGCAUUGAAAAGCAGGUUUGGCUUUGCUGCACAGUUUUACACUGAUAGAGCAGGUGUGCAUAGUGUGAAAGCACUGCCUAAUUUAUUAAACGCAACAAAUCACAAAAGAGAAGUGUGGUUUUUGGAAGGUGUCUCAUGCUGUUGCAAGCUGUUUACAGUAGACAUGCCAAUAAAAAGUUUAUUAUGUUUUA